AUGGCGGUAGCGGCAACAGCAACAGCGGCAUCUUCCCACCAAAGUGUGCUUCCAGCUGUCACGACUGACCUGGACGCCUCGACCGAUAUACCCCUCGGAUCAAUGGCAAGCGAGAAACCGACGGCCCUGACUGAGGCAACCGGCGUCGACAGCGGCACCGCUUCAACCGAUGAGGCUGCCGUGACCGACUCGGACGAGGCGGUGCAUUCUUCAGACCAAGACCUCUCCAUCACUGCGGCAGCUAUAAUCAUGGCUACAUUAGCCGGCAUCACGUUGACGAGCAGCCUGACUACCGGGUUUCUCGUCGUGGCACUUCCGAAAAUGGCCAAAGACCUUGCCAUCCCAUCUGGCCUGUUGCUUUGGCCGGCCUCUAUUUACGGGUUUGACUCACCCCUUACGCCCCGUACUUCCAACUUGCUAACCCCUGACCAUCCAUUCAGUCUGACGGGUGGAUGCUCUCUGCUCAUCGUCGGCACCGUGGCCGAUGUCGUCGGCAGCCGCAUCAUCUUCCUCGCGGGAUGCCUGCUGCUGGUGGGAUCCGUCCUCGGCAGCGGCCUGAGCAACACACCGACACAGCUCAUCGCCUUCCGCGGCGUGCAGGGAAUCGCCGCCUCCAUGUUGCUGCCUACCGCCAUGAGCCUGCUCACCCUGUACUUCCCCGUCGGCAAACGUCGCAACCUCGGCUUCGCCUUGGUGGGCGCCGGUCAGCCCACGGGAUACUCAGUCGGUCUCUUCCUCGGCGGUUUCUUUGUCGACUCCAUCGGCUGGAGGUACGGCUGGUACCUGGGCGCAUGCGUCGCCUUCGUCGUCUUUCUCUCUGCGCUUUUCGGCAUGUCCAAGCACCCCAAGGACGGGGUCAGGCCGUUCACGUGGGACAAGAUCUUGCUCCGUAUCGACUGGGCCGGUGCCGUCGUCGCGAGUGCCUGCCUGGGCAUGUUCUCCUACGUCUUGGCUGUCGUCUCGGACGAUGGUCAACGGGUACGAGAACCCACCCAGAUCGUGCUGCUCUCCAUCGCCGGCGCUCUCGUCCCCGCCUUUGUGUGGUGGAUGUGGCGCCAAGAGAAGCUUGGCAAGCCUGCCUUGAUACCCAACUCCCUUUGGAAGACGGCCGCCUUCUCGUCCAUCUGUGGCAUGGUCUUCCUGACCUGGGCCAUGAUCCAGAGUCUGGAAUACAUCUUCAGCCUUUUCUUCCAGAAUGUGCAAGACCUCUCCGCACUGCAGACGUCGCUCCGUUUCAUCCCGAAUGUCGUUCUUGGCAUCAUCUUCAGCGUCGCGCUGGGCGUGAUCCUCCACCGGGUGCCGGUGUACUGGAUCGUGCUUUCGACUUGUCUCCUAUCCGCCAUCUCACCUCUGGUGAUGGCGCUGGUCGACCCGGGCUGGCCAUACUGGUAUGCCUCAUUCUGGGCCAUGCUUUUGUCUCCGCUUUCGGGUGAUACCUUGUUCGUCGUCUCUGCCUUGAUCAUCACCAGCACCUUCCCGGAGGGGACCCAAGCCCUCGCCAGCGCCGUCUUCAACACGUUCUCCCAGUUCGGCACCGCCGUCGGCUUGGCCGUGGUCGGCGUCAUCUCCUCCACCGUGUCGCAGAGUUCCCAGUCCGGUCAUCAUGCUGGGAACGACAGCGAAGACUACUCGGAGGACGAUUUGUUGAAGGGGUACAGGGCCAGCUUCUGGGCCAUGUUUGCCGCGGCGGCCCUGACUUGCGUGCUUGGGGCCCUUGGUUUGAGGAAGGUAUCGAACAAAGGCCUGAAGGCUGAGUAG